AUGUCCGACGUCAACAUCGACUCUGGCGGCGGCGAGACGUCCCUCCCGCAUCUCCUCUCCAGCCUACGCACCACACUGCAUCCAGAAACAUAUGUCUUCGCGAGUAUCACCGGCACGCACCUCCCCGUCCCGCUCGAGGAGAUCUGUCUGUUCUUCCGCGAGCCGCGCGAGCGUACAGAGGCCGUGACAUCGUUGCCAUCAUCAUCAUCAUCAGGAUCAGGAUCAGUAUCAACCACCACACUAAUCCUCCCCCUCGAGACAGCCCGCAAGCACAACCUCCAAGACCACCAGUAUACGUACCCGUGCCGGAUGAUCACGUGCGCCGUACACUCGUCGCUCGCGGCCGUGGGCUUCAUGGCCGUGCUGGCGACGCGGUUGGCCCGUGAAGGCAUCAGCGUCAACCCCGUCAGCGGGUUCUAUCACGAUCACCUCUUCGUGCCGGUCGAGCGGGCGGACGAGGCUGUGGCGGUGUUGGGUUCUGUGAGGGAGGAGGCUAUAAGGGAUUUAGGGAGGAAAGAGACAUGA